AUGAUUUACAAGUUGCUUAUUGCCAUUUUUGUUCUUAUUGCAGUUGUUUCUUCUGACACUCAAACGGGACCUGUCACGAUGGAAGAUAUCGUUGCGCAUGGAUUUGUUCCAUAUGCGAACAAAAACCUCCCAGCCUGUGUCCUCACACUAAGCAAAUACAAUAUGACUCUUGGCAGUUCUCUGAUAGGAUUCGGUCCUUCUUCUAAACUAUCUGCACACAUUAUGACCUUAAUGGAAGCUAAUGCCGAUCAAGCGGCUAAACAAAAUUUCUGUAGAAACUUUGGUAGAUGGCGAAAGGAUGCUUUGAAGCACGUCGUCAAAGAAGAUGCAAGCUCAACCGCUUCAACAGCCAAACUCCUUGGUCUUGGAGAUGUUUUGUGCUCUGCUGGUUGUGUUGAAAAGGUUUCAACCGCUUUCGUUGUUAUUUCUGCAAUUGCCAUGCUGAUUAUUUAA